CGCCCUCUGCACCGCCCACCGAGUCUACCACGCCGUCGACCAAGCCGAUACGGUCGCAGUUCUGGCCCUGGGCGCUGCUCCGAGACACUGGGAGCCUGACCGUUGAGACGAAACGCCGGUGUGCCCUUCGGCAGGCGGGCCUCCUGUACGCACAGCUCUAUAAUACUUCCAAGGAGAUAUUCGCGGUGGGUAAGCAGUACCCGUUUGGAAACGAGGCGCUCGACACCCUCGCGCUGCCGGCAGCCCUCAUCCAGG